AUGCCUUUUUUCCAACAAGCAUACCUCCCCACCGAAGCAGCGCUCUUCCACCUCCUCUCUGAGCUGGACCAGCCUCAACAAAAACAACAAGCCCACCCAUGCGCCCGCCGCAUCCACAGACCUCAAACAUUUACACCUCGCUUCGACGUCACAGAGACCAACGAAGCAUACGAGCUGUACGGCGAAGUCCCAGGUCUAGAGCAGUCAGACCUCGAUAUCCAGUUCCAAGAUGCUCAGACUCUUAUCAUCAAGGGCAAGACUCAACGUCGACUGAACACCAUCAACACCGCAGCCACCGCUCCAGCUGCUGAAACCGAACAAGCUGAGCAGACUGUUCAAGCAGACGCAGAGACAUCGUCCCAGAAAUCCGGCCACAGCGCCACAGUCGAAGACGACUACGACGAGGCUGAUACGCCACUCGUGACACCAGCCAGCACCACACCAACAGCUGCUGAGAAGGGCAAGCAGCCUGAAUCCACUGCUGCUUCAUCAUCCACCGCUGUACCAGAAAAUGAGGGACCAAGAGCAAGAUACUGGGUUGCUGAGCGUAAGGUUGGAGAGUUCGCUCGCAGCUUUACAUUUGAGCAGCGGAUUGAGCAGGAUUUCGUGACUGCGGGGUUGAAGAAUGGGGUGUUGAGUGUGGUUGUGCCGAAGAGUUUGAAGUCGAAGAGGGUGGCUGUUAGUGUUUUGUAA